AUGGAUGUUGAGGUCGAUGCAUGCCUUGCAAAAUCACGGAAGAUUCCGGAUUCCAGUAGAUCUGAUACUGUUAUGAUCAUAUUGGCUACUCCAAAUACGCUCGGAUUCUGGGGAUAUCUCUUCUCCUCUUUUGCCUUUGCAGGUUACCGCUUCGGGAUCUUUAUGUCGAAGAACCUUAGUGAAAGGACAGGUAUAGUAAAGUUUCUGAUAAUCUUUCCCUGGAUUUUGACAACUAUAUUUACUAUCGGCUCAGUAGCUAUUGGUUGCUACAAAAGAUUCAAUCGUUUCGCGUUAUUGUACACUUAUAGCUGCUCCUAUUGCAACAUUUUACCCGGAAUGUCGUACACUGACGUAAACUUUUACGGUGGACAAGUUCUACCCCUCAUGAUGGUCGUCAGCUAUGCAAUCAUAGUAAUCAGCGUUUACCGUAAUCGUAGAAUUCAUGGCGCUAUCCAACGAAGACAAUGUCUUGUUGAUGCUCGGCUUGCAUUCCAGUUUAUCAUAAUAUGUCUCUCUCAAUACCUCGCCGCAUUUCUCUUCUACAUUGUCCCGAAGAUGAGCGCAGGUGCUGACUGGGGAGUACUGGUUACAAACAGUAUUGGCACAAUAAACGUGUCAGUGAAUCCGAUCGUGCUACUUUUGUGGAAUCAGCAAAUCCGUAGCAGCAUCGCCACAACAUUGGGAAGAUGGCGAGGAACUCAGAAAAUCGUCAACGUCACAGUGACUCAAAUGAUUAAUACAAUUGACGUGGUGUGGAAACUUGAUGAAAAACAAACAGUCCGAGGUGUGGACUACGAGUACGAAGGUGGCUUCCGCUUAACGCUCCAGAUUCGUCCUGGGAAACGGCGUGAGCCGCUUUAUUUCCUACGAAACUCUGAUGAAGGCGAUAGCUCCGAUUCGGUAGCUGUUAGUGAACUCCGACUUCGGUGUUGA